AUGUUCCGAGUAUUGGACGAGACGCAGAUCCUCGAACAGACUGUGAGCCAACCAACCAUUAUUUUGCCUACUCGCGAUAAUAUUAUUGGCUUACUUGACACCAUGGAGACAUUACCCGGCCACUCGUCUACUUUCUUGGCACGAUUGCGUUGGACGAGACGUCGGCUUAACAACCAGGGUGAUCAGUACGAUAUCCGCAGCCACCUCGACGCUAGGCAGGAGGAAAUAGAAACAACUGCACAAGAUCAGUCGCUAUUAGAUCAAUUUCUGCAACAGAGCGAGCCGCCAGAAUGGACUAUCGAGCCCGCUGACACCCCUUACAGUGUUUUAAUUGAGGAAGAAGACGGGUCAGAGGAGAGUAUAGAGGACGAUGAAAUUUCUCUAGAUAGUUAUGAGACUAGUUAG